UAGUUUUAAAACGAAAUUAGGGUUUAACAUUACAUUAUAGGACAAAUACAUCAUUACAUUUUUGAGUUAUGCUCUGAUUAUUAUUUGUCGGUAUAAAAGAGCUAGCCUCCACGGUAUCAGGGUAUUGCUGACAUUACAUGAAACCCUCGUCUGGUUGAUAUCAAGAUGGCUACAGCAAAACUACUAUCUGAAAAUGAAAGAAUAGAAUUAAAGGAAAUGAACCAAAGUGUCAGACUUGCACUUCCUAAUGCAGAAAGGCAAGAUGAUGACAGGAAAAUAUACGAGUGUGUCUUUGAAAAUGGUGCAACAAACAUUGAUUAUUUGACAAACGUUAUUAACAUUGGAAAUUCAGAUGUAAACUAUAUAGCUGAACAUGGAAGAACGGCUUUGCAUGAAGCAGUAAGGAAAGGUGAGGUUGAAACUGUCAACCUUCUAAUGUCAGCUGGUGCGAGUUUGGAAUUCAAAGAUGUAGAUGGGAAUACUGCUUUACAUUAUGCUUGUUUGCAAACAACAUGGCAUAAUUAUAAAGACAUUUUCAAAAUUUUAUUUCCCCCAAAAAAGAACAUUGAGAGCAUUAGAAUAAGUCAAACCAGAGAGAGGUCCAAAAUUCAAAAGUGCCGCUAUCAUACAAGAACAUUUGAACAAACAUGGUUUGACGCAGCAACAUCUACAAAUGAAAAUGGGGAUAACAUACUUGACCUUUUAUUAAAAGAGGACCGUCUCAUCGAAAGUAAAAGGGAAAUUGUUCAGUACCUGGUCAAAGAAACAGAGAUGUUUUACCUCUUAAAACUUCUUAGAAACACACCACGUAUACAGAACUCAACAUCUGAAGUUGGAAGACCCUUUGAAAGCAAUGACAACAAUUCAAUUAAUACACCUUUAAGACGGCUUUUACAGCUUUAUCCAGAAGUUAUCUCUGAAUUAUUGGAUAGAUGCAUAGUAAAAUGUACAGGAAAAGUUAAUUACCACUUUGAGCUCCUGGAUGACACUUACCUUCUACAUACAUGGCCACCUCAACAGGAGUACUACUGCAAAUGGUUAUAUCAAUCCAAAUGGGAACAUAUUGAUGCUGAAGAAAUUGAGAGCCGUGAGGCUUACACAAAACAUUUGUCGCAAAUAAGAAAUAACCACCCUGUUAUGUUAAUGCUGAAAUAUAAAAGAGAUACCUCUAAAGAUCCCGGUAAAAAGGAAGUUUACAGACAACUUGUCGAUCACCCACUUGUUAAAGCUCUGAUUAGACAUAAAUGGCAUCAUAUAGGCAAAAAGCUUCACGUCAUGAGCUUGAGUCUAUACCUGGUAUUUCUAUGUACUCUGACAACGUUCGUAAUUGCUAUCGACACGCUAUACGAGCGAUUUCAGGAUUCGGGAACUAAAUCCACAGCUUCAAACAAAACAGGCAAUUACUCAAAGGAUUGCAACAGCACGACCCUUUGUAACAAUAAGAGUGAGUCAUAUAAUGUGACAACAACACCAACCGCUAAUGAUCGUGUCACAUGUGAAACGUAUGGCAAUUAUCCAAUGAUUACUGUCUUGCAAAUAGUGGUCAUAUUCCAGGCAAUAAUCUUGUUAUUAAAAGAGAUUCAUCAUAUUGUGAUGACCUUCGGGUUGGAGUAUUUUAAACAUUUCAAAAACUAUAUUAAGUGGACAGCUUAUACAACAGCAUUAUUUUUCCUGAUCGACUUAUCGGAGUGUCCUAAUACAGGCUAUAGAGAGACAUGGCAAUGGACUCUAGGCACAGUGGCUAUUUUCCUGUCAUGGGUCGAUCUGUUAGCUUAUUUAGAGAAAUUUGACUGGCUUGGGAUUUAUGUGUCUAUGCUUAAAAGAAUCACAAUAACGUUUUUACGUAACAUUUUCCCAAUCGUUGCUAUUUUACUAGUAGCUUUCGCUUUAGCGUUCCUGUGUGCGCGCAAAAAGCAGGAUGAAUUUAAAAAUAUCCUAGUGUCAUUGCUGUCAACAUCGGCAAUGAUGGCUGAAGGUUUCGGAUAUGAGGAUCUCAGUGAAGAGCACAUUGUUUAUUUAGCUUUUAUCAGUCAUUUGGUUUCCAGCAUCUUUUUGAUUAUUAUGACUAUUAUAACAAUGAAUUUAAUGGUUGGCGUAGCUGUAAGUGAUGUCAAAGAAGUUUACAUGCGGGCGAUCGAAUCACAAUUCACAUUGCAGAUUGAAGACAUUUUAGAAUUGGAACGUAUCUGCCAGACUAUUCUUACCAUUUUGAUAAGAUUUAGAUGUACAAAGAAGAUUGGUAUAUGGCUGAAGGUCAAAUUCAUCCAGCAGCCUAACAGAGAAGUAUUAACUGGCCGAUUAAAAUCCGAAGAAAUACCAAAACAUAUUCGUGAUAAAGACCAGAGUGAAAAUUUAGGACAGAAGCUGGAUGAAUUGAUAUCAUUGAAAGAAGAUAUGUGUAAUCUCAUGCGACUGAUGAAAGAAGAACACGAGCGUCUCCGAGAAAUAGCAGUUAGAUAGAUAUAUCCAAACAUAUUAAAAUAGAUGACUUUAGUGGAUUUGCUUAACCUAGAAAGAGCAGUGAACUGAUGAUUAUAUAUGCUAGUUUGGCUGCUGAGUGUUUUGAUUAUGACAAAUUUACCAUAUAAGAAAGAGUAUGAAGAUGUAUAUAAUAAUCAUGUACAUAUCAAAUGUUUGUAUAAAUGUUGCAAACUAUAAAAUAAUACUUCGAAAUCGCCUCAAAAGUAAAACGGUAGUAUCACAGUUUAUUUAACUGUUCAUGAUUGAAGUGGCGAAUUAUAUGCUGACAACAAGGUCAAUAAGGAUCGAAAAGCAGAAUUUUUGCAGAUGAAGAGUUUCGAGUAAACUUUGCUUUUUCAUAUUUAAAUUUGUAUUCUUUAAAUCAGGUUUUGAUUGAAUGUUAUCAUUUUAAAGCUGAAUGGUAUUUUGCUGCGCUACACAUUAUAUCCAUUUUUGUAUAUUAUGAUAAGCAACUAAACAUAAAACAUAUUUUUAAAACACAAUUAUUUUUUAAUAGUUUCAAAUAAAGUAAAUAAUUUCAAUUUAUAACAGAAAUUUAUUUAAUUGUUCUGAAAACUUUUGGAAUGUGUUUCUGUAUCCAAUAAGCAAGUCUGUACAUAUUUUCUAGGACUGCCUUUUACUAUUUAUGAAACAAUAUUUUAAAAUCAUACCUGCUAUUACACAGUUUUGUUUCCUGCAUUCAAUAAAACAUGUGACAUAAGUAUUCGGUUGAUAAGGGAGUAAACGUAAAGAUUACUGUCCACUAAAAUAUGACAAAAUAGUUUGCGUAACAACAACCAUAUAACACAUUCAAUAAUCAAGUCUGCACCUUUGAUCGUUCUUAUUUUAUGUAUCAACGGACUACUAAUAGUUUUUAUAAUUCAAUAACUUUGACCAAUAUGUCUAAAUGUUACGCAUUCAAGGACAAAUGUAUGUUGUAUGAGUAUUUAAGAAUAAAGAUCAACAAGAAAAGACGUAUCCCUGAACGCAACAUAUUUAUGAAUUGUGUAUAUUAUAUUUUAGUUAAAAACUUUAUGUUUUAAAGUGAAUUGGUCAAUAAUGGAAGACUUGUAAUUAUACCAUAAUUAAUAUUAAGUAGAUUGUAUUCCGUAGUAUUGCAAGGAUCAGGUGGUCUAAUAAUUCUUCUGCUUACUUUAUU